AUGCAGCGAAUACUGGGCACCACUGUUCGUAUCGCACGGCCUCUACACCAUCGUGCUAUCUACACUCCUCGCCCCUUCUCGACGAGCGUUCGACGUCUCGCUACACCUUCAUCCGAGUCACCGGAGGACCUCGCAAAAUUUGAAAAGUUCCAGAACACGACUAUAUUCAAGGCGUUGCGGGAUAACCCGGAUGCGUCUGGCGCUUUAAAUGAUUUUAUCGCAUUCAUUAAAAAGCAGGGGCUUGACUACAGAACACCGCCGUCCAAGGUGGCAAUGAUCAAGCUUGCCAUGAAUCCAGAAUUUAGGGCUGCCUUUCAGAAGGUUAAUGACGAGUGCAUGAAGGUUGGCGUUGACUUUUCUUCCAAGGAAGUUCAACAGGAAAUUAUGGACGUGUUCGGCAAACCGCCCACAAGCGACGAUUGA